CAGCAAGAGCUGGCUGCUCCAUAGAGGGCAGGAGCCAAGCAUAAUAACACAGGUGUGGGCCAGAGCCUCACCACCCAGCCCAGUCCCACAGAGCCUGAGAAAGGCAAGCAGGGAACACUGGAUUCAGCCAGGAGUACAGAGCUUCAGGGCUUUCAACCUUUUUUCCUUUGCAUGGAUACUUCUACAGUUUUCCAGUACUCUGCUGAAGUUAUAAAACCGCAUUUGUUGUGGCACUGUGAGUCAGCAGAACUCGCUGAGCAGUUCCCACUGCACAGGGCUCCAGGGCUGCUUCACAGAAAGCGUCAUCACGGAAGCAUCAUCUGCACCUCAGCUCAGGAUUGCAGGUACUGCAAUCCAACCCCUCUGUGAAGGACAUCGUUAUUGUAAAGACCAUGCUUUCCAUUCCUGGAGAGACAGAGAAAAAUGUUCAGGCUGAAAUCGUUAUUGUUUCAGAUGAAAGGGAAAAACAAAAACGAGGAAAUGAUACUCUACUGUGAGACAGCACAGUAAUUCAGACUGAAAGAUUCUUCCUCUAAAAUGAAGAACAGAACAGCUGCCUCAGUAUCUAGGGAUGCACAACCCAAAAAUUAGAAUGUCAGUCCAUGCUUGCAGUGCCUGCCUUCUGCCUCUUGCAAAAGAAAGUUAAAUAUCAGAUAGCUGUUUCUGCAAACUCUGUUUAAUCCCUGCAGAUGAAAAUUGCAAAUUCUGGGAGAAGGUUUUGCAGUGAAGACUCAUGUUUACUUGGAACAUUUUUUCUGUGAAAGAUGCGCUGACCAAGUAUUUUCAAUAGCACCCACAGGAAAUCCGUCGUUUGGCAGGCGCCGAGUGCGAGCGGCAGCCGCGCUGCCCCGCCGCCCCGGACUGGUCGCCUGCUCGCGGGGCGGCACCAUGCAGACCUUCCUGAAGGGGAAGCGGGUGGGAUACUGGCUGAGCGAGAAGAAGAUCAGGAAACUGAAUUUCCAGGCCUUCGCCGAGCUGUGCCGGAAAAGAGGCGUAGAAGUAGUGCAGCUUGACCUCACCAAACCCAUUGAAGAUCAGGGCCCUUUGGAUGUGAUCAUACAUAAACUGACAGAUGUAAUCCUUGAAGCAGACCAGAAUGACAGCCAGUCACUGGAGUUGGUUCACAGGUUCCAGGAGUACAUUGAUGCUCAUCCAGAGACCAUUAUCCUAGACCCUCUCCCGGCUAUUCGUACACUCCUGGAUCGAUCCAAGUCGUAUGAGCUAAUUCGGCGAAUAGAGGCAUACAUGCAAGAUGAGAGGAUCUGCUCACCACCCUUUAUGGAGCUGACAAGUGCCUGUGGAGAAGAUACCUUGAAGCUUAUAGAGAAGAAUGGACUGGCAUUCCCAUUCAUUUGUAAAACCAGAGUGGCCCAUGGAACCAACUCUCAUGAGAUGGCGAUCAUCUUCAACCAGGAGGGCCUCAAAGCUGUUCGCCCCCCUUGUGUCAUUCAGAGCUUCAUCAAUCACAAUGCUGUGCUCUAUAAAGUUUUCGUGGUCGGGGAAUCUUACACCGUGGUGAAAAGACCAUCUUUAAAGAACUUCUCUGCAGGCAUCUCAGACAGAGAAUCAAUAUUUUUCAACAGCCACAAUGUUUCCAAACCAGAGUCCUCAUCUAUCUUAACAGCGCUAGAUAAAAUCGAAGGAGUGUUUGAGCGGCCAAAUGACGACGUCAUCCGGGAAAUCUCUAAAGCGCUGCGGCAAGCUCUGGGAGUUUCCCUCUUUGGAAUUGAUAUCAUCAUUAACAACCAGACUGGGCAGCAUGCAGUAAUUGACAUAAAUGCAUUCCCAGGCUAUGAGGGUGUUUCAGAAUUUUUCACAGAUCUGCUGAACCACAUAGCUGCUGUCCUGCAGGGUCAGGUACCUGAGGUGACCCAGCUAAACCACAGCAAGCUCCUGGCAGAGCAGAGCGGUGGGAUCAUGGACGAGCGGAUAUGCUGUGCUAGCACAGGCUGUCUCAGCGUCAUGGGAAAAGACUCCUCCUGGAUUGUGGAGAGCGAGAGCAACAGCUCAGUAAAACUGCAACACCAGAGACUAGGCUGCAACUCGGCAGUGUCCCCCAGCUUCCAGCAGCACUGCGUCGCUACGUUGGCAACAAAAGCUUCUUCUCAAUAACUUGUCAAUGCCAUGGACUGAGAAAAAGCCCCAGGGAUACAGAUUGUGGUCCCAGAACCAGAUCAGGCUUUAACAAUACAAUUGACAAAAAAAUGGAAAAAAACCCCAACAUAAAACACAAUACAAAAAAGCAAAAUAAAAAAAACUUUCAAUUUGAUUUAACCUAAUUUGCUGAUGAAACGGACUGAAAGGGGAAGAGCGAGAAAGUGAUCCAAAUCCAUUUCGUCAGAUUCCAGUUACAAACCUGUAGUGAGUUUACACACACAUGUGUUUUAACACUAGUCCUUUCAUUGUGGGAGGGUUGCUCUUUCAUUUCUAUUAUUCUUUGUAAUCACUGGUGACCAGCAUUUUAAAAUCGGACCUCAUGGUAUUAAGAAGAUAAUAAUGUUGAAAUGCAGUGUCUGAAUGUAACAGUGCUAGAGAUUUUUGCCUAAAAACUCCCCGUUCCUCUUUUUUCCAGGUAGGCCAUUGCAUAAGAAAGCUAGGACAACUUCAGUGUCACUAAACCAAAUCUCUUGAAACAUUGACCAGUCAUGAUGUUGGCAGGUAGCUUGCUGUGAAGCCACUGCACUUUGAGUAGGACAGAGCAGCCUGCUUAUUCAGGGCACAGAACCAAGGUGACCACCCCUGUUCCAGCUUUGCAGUUCUCCCCCAGGCCUCAUUGCUUCGCUCAGAUGGGCUUCUAACCAUGCUUGCAAACAGCAACACCUUUCACCCAGAGAGGGUGCCACUAUUUAGGUGGAGUCGUUUAGUAGACUAAAUAACAUGCUUUCAAUUGUCUGCUAGUGCCGAAAUCUUAGAAGAGUUAAUGCAAGCAGCUCGUCUCUUCACAGGGAGUGUAAUUCUCCCUCCACUGCACUUGUGAGAACUCUGGGACAGUUCCGGGAAAAGGCUGGCAGAGCUGUGCUUUUUCCUUGGAGCAGCACACCUGAUCUGUGUAUCCUGAGAAGGUAACACAGUCGCUGCCUUUCACAGAUCCAUGUUGUUGUGCAUUUUUUUCUAAAAUACAAACAAAAUUGUGUACCUUCAUAUAAGGUAGAAAUACAGAACAGCUCUAGUUUGGAGACCCCGUUACUUUGUUGCAAGCUGCCAGGCAAGGCCAUAUGAUAAUUUACAACAGUGCUGUAUACUAUUUGUAAACUAUAGCACAGCCAAUUUGUAUCUCUUGAGAUAUCUUCUAGUAUGGCAGCAUCUUCUGCCGUUGAGAAUUCCUGCAACUUUUGCUAGUUCUGAACACUAUAUUGGAAAUAUCCAAGUGCUAAGAACAGAAACACUAUUUUGGUAGAAGUGGCCUUCUCUUCCCCUUAUUAGCCCUAAAAUACAUUUAAGAAGGGUGGUGUAAAGAAUAUUUCCUUAUUAAGCUCCUAGCUUGCAAAUAUAGGAAUUUCUGUCUUUUCUAUAGCACGAGUUCAUAAAGCAUCUGUCACUGCAGCAUUUAAUACAAGUUUGGUUAGUAUCAUGUGUUAGAUGGCUACUCAGAAGGAAAGGGUCUAGAACUUAAAGCCCAGGUAGAUCGUGGAGAGAGGAUUAAACUGUGUAAAAGAUGUCACCGCCCUAUCUGAUGGUACCAGUCCUAGAGGGGAAAAAAGUUUUGAAGAGUGUUGUGUAGCAGUUCUUUUAUGUAAACAAUGCUUUUUCUGUAGGAGAGAUUGGUCUUCUUCCAAAAUGCCAUUCUUGGGAAUUUCCCGUAGCCAGGAUUGAAUUUUUCAGGAUGAUUUACACAAUAGAAGAUGAUUCCACCUCUAGAGGGAUUACUAACUUUAAAAUAUUUCUACGAAGAACCUUAUGAGUAUGGUAUCAGUCAGAUCCCAGGGUGCACAUGAGCACAGCCAACUUCCUCAAGUGUUGCAGAUCAGUUCUGAGCUGGGCACGCUUCACAACCCUUGUAUGCUUUGAGGCUGCUGGAUCCCAUGUUGUCUGCAGCUUGCAGGUCUCGGAUGGCUGUGGUGUGAGUGAGUCAGAUGUACAUAGGUAAGGGUUUAUAAAAGUAUUCAUGGUAGACCAAACCUUUUGUAAAGCCAUGACUAAAAUGAAAUUGACACCUGCAGUUUGAGGUUUGUUUUUGUUUGUUUAAAAUAAAAAGUGUUUUUAUGUUACAUGUGUAACAAAAGAUGCCCUCAGGAAGGAACUUGCCAGUGCUUAUUUUUGUAUGGUACUUUCUUGUAACCAGCUGGUGGAGUGUUUGUAGACUUGCCUAUUGCUCCCUUUAUUACAAUUGCUUGGGCUUUUUUUGUUUUUUUGGGUUUUGUUUCUUUAUCGGGUGGUGGGGAUGGAGCAAUGAUGUUAGAACUGGGUUACUAACUCAAGACCUUUCAAACUAAGUAUGUUUACAUGAAUAUGAGUGUUGGAUCCAAUGGAAAUGUCUGUAUGCUGUUUCCUAGUUAGAACAUCAAAUAAGAAUUUUAUUUUCCUGGCUGCCUUCUGAAUUUUGGUUGGCCUAUUUUGCACUGCUUUUUUUCUCCAAAAUAAACUACUGAAAUAUAAUUGUGCAUUUUAAACUUGUUUACAAAUGAUUGUUAGAAGUUUAUUUUGUAAUUCUCUGAAUGCUUAACGAAAUACUAUAUUUAAAUAUUACUCCAGACCUUGGCAGUAACUAGAAAACAAGUUUAGGUCAUUGGUGUGAUCAGUGACAUUUUUCCCAUAGUCUGUAAUUUAUUUUUUAUUUAUCGAAUGUAUCGGUAUCACUUUAAUUUACCAGGUGCAGUUAUGCAGGUACCUGUUGUGAUGUGGCAUUACAAUAGAGUUUUGACAUACAUUACCGUGCAUUUGCUGUACUACUAUAUUUCCUUGCAGAAAUUAAGGUAAUGGCUCGUGUACUAGAAUGUUGCUAAAUCAUAGGGGCAAAUUGGGAGACCAAUUUGUAAAAGCCAAAACUGUAAAUUACCAAGUAUCCAGACACACAAUUACGUUCUUGUAAAACAUUUGAGCAUGAGUAUGUCAUUAAGCUUGUGCUAAAGUGCUUUUCUGAAUUGCUGCCUCAUUUGGUAAGUUCAGGAUAGUUUUGAUUUAAGAUAAGCUUCACAGUAAGUUUGUUAAUAUUCUGUAGUCUUGUCUUUCUUUGUAAAAGUAGGAGUGUAGUAACAUUAGAUCAUGCCAGAAUGCCCUUGCUCUUAAAAUUGCAGACAAUCUGAGGAGAUUUUUCCAUAAUGUCUGUUUGAAUUCUUUUUAUUGUGGGUUAGAAAAAGGUUCUCCUGUGUUUUCAGAGAGUAACAGCAGCUGUUACUGCUUUGCUGACGAGAGCAGUUAUAUUAAAAUUACAUGGUCACCAGUUAGCUUUUUAGGGAUUUAUUACUCUUCUGCUUCACUGUUUGAAAUCCACAUUAAUACCAUUACCUUGACUGGAAUUUCUCCAGGUUUUGUGUCAGUAUGGUGGAGAUGAGACUCUGGUUUCCACUGUAAUUAUUUAAUUAGCUUCCAAAGGUGAAGAUCUUUGCAUAUUGAAGAGUACUUGAGUAGUAUUGCUGCUGCCUGUGAUGUAAAGUCACCCUCUUCCCUCUCUACCUGACUUGGCCAUGUUGUGCCUGACUUUGUAGCCUGUGCCAGAACAUCCUGAUCAUUAUGUGAAAGCCAACAGCAGAAAUGCAACCAAACCAUCAGCAUCAGUGCUAGCUCUUGUGGUUUUGUAAUGCAGAACCACUGGGCCAGUGAUGUUUUGCCUUUGGUUGAAGUGUCUGGCUGUACAACCUUUGUGCUGAGGAGCUGAUCAACUGUGCUGGUCGGUAGUAGGAUAAAUUCAUUAUUGCUAUUCAGACUGUUGUAAUGUUAAAGCUGUUUAAAGAUCUCCCACAUCUCCCUUAAAUGUGGGAAUGUGUCUGCAGCAGGUUGCACAGACAGAAAUCUACCACUUCAAUUUGUUCUCAUUGUAGAUGAUUACAAGCUAAAAACCCAACUCAGAGGCAUCAGGAGAUAAUGAGAAUUGCUCAAGAUAAAGCCUCAAGUUUCUCGAUGAACUGUGGGCAGUAUCCAGCCAGGAAACAACCAGGUGGAGUAGUGGUUAGAUAAUAGAGGCAGAACACAGUCCAAAGGCAACAGAAUAAAUGGGGCCAGAGGUGUUGCCUGGCAAAAAAAAAAAAGCAAAACAGGAAAAAUGCUCCUGUUGUUUUCAUCCAAUUAAAAAAAUCCAAACUUCUCAGUUUUUAGACUAACACUGAUUUCCUCAAGUCUUUGAAUGGCAGCAGUGACAAGUGGUUCAGGCUUUUCCACACUAGCUUGUAGCCUUGCCUUCCACAGCUGUGCAGAAAAUCUUGGAUUUUGUUUUUUUAGUGAACAGAGUCUGAGUUUGUAGCAGUCUCCCCAUGCACACAUUUGCAGGAGUUCACUUGCAUUACCCUGCUAAUUUUUUCCCCCUCUCUCCUUUUUAGUAAGAGAUGUAUUGAUUUCUGUAUUCAGUAUACAAUUACUUUAUGGUGUGUGUUUUGUAAUUAGAAAUAUGUGAAAAUGCUUUGUGUAGAUUAAAAUAUUUCCUUUAAUAUAAUCUCCUCUCACUUUCAUAGAGAAAUGGACAUGCCAUUGCAGAUCACAUUGCUGGUUUUAUUUGUAAUAUUGCUUUAAUAUCUAUUUCAGAGGAAUGUAACUUCCAGAAAAGUACUUUCCACAUCUUUACUACCUUUCCUUUCACUGUUCACCCUAUGUGGAUCCAGGCCAUCAACACCUGAGCUUUUGACUGGAUGGUUUUCAUGGAUUCUGUCACAUUUACAUGGCCACAAAAGUUACUUGAGAUGGUUGAAGUUUGGGAGGAUCCAGACAUAAAUGGAGAUGUUGGAGUGAUUCCUCAGCAACACAAGCACAGUAGCAUUUGUAGCAAGCAAUUUUGCUCUUGUGUGUGCAGGUGGCUCUUGGGGUCUGGUCCACCCUGCUCUUGGGGCAGCUUUCCUGUGGAAAUAACAAAAUCCAUUGAAAGAAAAACAUCCUUUAUCUGUGAUGCAGAAGGAGGGCAAGGAGAGUAGGGCUUGGGAGCAAAAUCCUGGCCAGUGGACAUCAUGAUACCAGUUGUCCAGAAUUUCACUCUGUGGUUUUUAAUAGCAAUCUGGGGUGAUGUUUUCUUCCUCUCCAUCAUUCUUACCCCAAAUCCACUGGGGCUGAUGAUAGCAGAUGCCUGUGGCCCACACAAACUCAUUAGCAGGUGACCUUACCCAGCAUAUCGUAAGUUUGCAGAGGGCUUCCGAUGUGUUGGGAACUUUUUGUUGAUGGCCAGGAAAUCUCUUGAAACUCCAGAAAUAGCUGAAACAGCAAAUGGAGUUCAUGAAAAUCAGGUCUUCCUCUUCCAGCAUUUUUAAAGAAACCCACAUUUUAUUUCCUCCUUCAUUCUUUACACAGUAGUUUUAGAUAUAAAUUAUUUUAACUUCUUUUUUUGUGUGUGAAAAGUCAUAUAUACAUAUAUAAAAUUAUUAAGUGUUGAGAAUAUGUUGAGUAUAAAAUAGUGACUUCUUUGUUUCAGAUGUUAGCAGCCCCUAAAAAUGAGUUGUUUAUCCUCUUGUAAAGUCAGUGCUGUAAAAAAAAUAUUAAAAAAUAAAAGAUGUGUUAGAUGUAUCUUUUAUUAUUUAUUUCUGAUUCAGUAUUUGAUACAGCUUGUGUAUACCCUUGUGACAACCACAUACUAAAAACAAUGUCGUUCUUAAAAUGGAGUAACAACAAUUCCUUGGGAUCCCAACAGCUGUGAGAGAAUUUGCCCUCUGGGUGUGAGUAGUGUUGGAUGUUGUCCUUCAGUCUCCAGCACUGCUUCCCACCCAAGUGUGGCUGAAUCUCGGGGACCAUUGUGUGCGUGUGCUCGGUUUCGCAAGUUCAUUGGUAUCUGUGUUCAAAUCCAGCUGUACAGUGUUAACAAGUGUGUCUUGUGAUUCGCUUCAGCCUGGUUCACUAUGACUUCUGAAACAUAAUUCCCAUUUUGUACUUAAAUUUGUAUAGAAUUAUAUAAACCCUUAAAAGAUCAUGGCUUACUGUAAAACCCAAAAUACUUGCUAUUUGGCAUCUUCAGUUGCAUGACUGAUCAGAUCAGACAAUGGAGAUGGUGCUUUCAUCUAACAGCACUCAUUUCAAUGGUAAUAUAUUAAUUUUCUUUUUGUUUGCCAAGCAUCUGUUUUGGACAAUUGUUUUGGUUUCAACAGUAAAGCAAUAUGCAGUAGGUAUUGUGGCAUUAUCUCUGUAAUUGUUUUGAAGAGAGGAUUGUCCCUUUCCAACACAUAAUGAAAAUAAAUGCCUUAUAACAAA